GCGGGGAGAGGUGGCCUGGGAAUGGCCGGGCCGGGGGUGGGCGGGAGCCGCAGUGGCGGCGGCGGCUGGGGGCGGUGAGCGCGGCGUGGGGCUGCCCCUCCCCGGAGGCGGCGGGGGCGGCCGGGGCCGCGCCGCACCGCACCGGCGGCCAUGGAGCGAGCUUAGGGCCCGACAGGAACUGUGGAAGGUGCAUCAGUGAAGAAAUGGACCAAUGUGUAUAAUCAUGGAAUCUUCUUGCUAACCAUCACCACCAGCUCUCCUUAAUAAGUGAGCAAGAGUGGGUCAGGGGAGAAGGAAAAGAGGUCAACAUGAAGCUAAAGCAGCGAGUCGUGCUGUUAGCAAUUCUCCUUGUCAUUUUUAUCUUCACCAAAGUUUUCCUGAUUGACAACUUAGAUACAUCAGCUGCCAACCGGGAGGACCAGAGGGCCUUUCACCGAAUGAUGACUGGCUUGCGGGUGGAGCUGGCACCCAAGCUGGACCAUACCUUGCAGUCUCCCUGGGAGAUUGCAGCCCAGUGGGUGGUUCCCCGGGAAGUGUACCCUGAAGAGACACCAGAGCUGGGGGCAAUCAUGCAUGCCAUGGCCACCAAGAAAAUCAUUAAAGCUGAUGUGGGUUAUAAAGGGACACAGCUGAAAGCCUUACUGAUACUUGAAGGAGGACAGAAAGUUGUUUUCAAACCUAAGCGGUACAGCCGAGACUAUGUGGUGGAAGGGGAACCAUAUGCCGGUUAUGAUAGACACAAUGCAGAGGUAGCAGCCUUUCACUUGGACAGGAUUCUGGGUUUCCGCCGAGCCCCCUUGGUGGUUGGCAGAUUUGUUAAUCUUCGAACAGAGAUUAAACCUGUUGCCACAGAGCAGCUGUUGAGCACCUUCCUAACUGUAGGAAACAAUACUUGUUUUUAUGGGAAGUGCUAUUACUGCCGAGAAACAGAACCAGCUUGUGCUGAUGGAGACACAAUGGAGGGAUCUGUCACACUUUGGCUUCCAGAUGUGUGGCCUCUGCAGAAACACCGUCACCCAUGGGGCAGGACUUACCGAGAAGGCAAAUUGGCCAGGUGGGAGUAUGAUGAGAGCUACUGUGAUGCUGUGAAGAAAACAUCCCCUUAUGACUCUGGCCCGCGCCUCUUGGACAUCAUUGACACAGCUGUCUUUGAUUACCUGAUUGGCAAUGCUGACCGCCAUCACUAUGAGAGCUUUCAAGAUGAUGAAGGCGCUAGUAUGCUCAUCCUUCUUGAUAAUGCCAAAAGCUUUGGGAACCCCUCGCUGGAUGAAAGAAGCAUUCUUGCCCCUCUCUAUCAGUGUUGCAUCAUUCGGGUUUCUACCUGGAACAGACUGAACUACCUAAAGAAUGGUGUACUAAAGUCUGCCUUAAAAUCUGCCAUGGCCCAUGACCCCAUCUCCCCAGUGCUCUCUGAUCCUCAUCUGGACGCCGUGGAUCAGCGGCUCCUGAGUGUCCUGGCCACCGUGAAGCAGUGCACCGACCAGUUUGGGGUGGACACAGUACUGGUGGAAGACAGGAUGCCUCUCUCACACUUGUAAUUCUCGACACAAAAUAGGUGAAACUUCUUUUUACAAAGAGAAACAGCACAAUCAAUUCCAAAUGGUAUGAGAUGGAUUGGAAGUGGCCAGCAGCAAGUUCUGGUGACAGGGGACAGGGUGGCCUUGGAUGUCUUUGGUGUUUUCUGUAGUGGAAACUAAAGCAAAGACCACAAAUUUCAGAGCAUAGAGACAUUCCUGCUGAAUUGCCUUCUGACCUCCUCGGCAAUUGCCCAUUUUAGCACUGGGCAUCAUAGUUGGUCAGUCUUAAUUCCCAUGCCAAAGGACAAACAGGUGUGACAUCUGGAUAGAUGAAUACUGGGAUUGGCUCUGGAGCGUGUGUUUUGAGUUGAACCUUGUAGUCCUUUCUCCACGCCUGUGGAUUUUGUGGAAACACUUUGCAAUCUCUUGUGUCUUUUUUUUUUUUUUUUUUUUUUUUUUACCAGAACUAGUUAAAUCAGAAUGCUUACUGUCCUACAGAGUGGCAGCAAAUAAAACCUUGUAUUCCAUCAA